AUGCCUACCGAGCCUUCUGCUGAAUACCUCGAGCUCUCACAGCAGCCUUCUACGCAUAUAGAUGACCCCUCUUCCUUGAGAAAGCUUCUCAUUCUAGAUUUAAACGGCACUUUGCUGUAUAGAGAGGUGAAACCCCAAAGUUCUCGCAGAUACCGGCGUGACAGAGUCAAUGACUCUUCAGAACCUCAGCCCCGUGUCAUGCAUCCCCGUCCCUACAUGGGAUCAUUCAGGCAGUACCUAUUUCAUCCCAAGACGCUAAAGUGGUUGGAUACCAUGGUUUGGAGUUCUGCGCAACCAUUCAAUGUUAACCAUAUGGUGGAUCAGUGCUUCGAGGGGGAAAAGGAGAAGUUGGUUGCUGUGUGGGCUCGAGACACGCUUGGGUUGACAAGUGCACAAUAUCGUGUGUUUCUUAUUUCUUCCUUGGUCAUCCUAUUGAACGGACUUGCAGACCAGAAAACACAGACUACGAAGAACCUUGCUAAGCCAUGGGCUACGCUUUAUCUAUUGCCAGACCGAGAUGACCAGCCGUCUUCAAUAUCAAGCAGCCAAGUUCAACCCUCUCGUUCAGUAGACGAGCUGGUGCCUUUGAACGAACCUCCCGAUUCCGUUUAUGUUCAUUCCGCCCUCACCACACUCCUUCUCGAUGACUCUCCUCUUAAAGCUCACCUUCAGCCCUGGAACCACUUCUGCGUACCCGAGUACACCGCCCAAAUUCGAAGCCGCGAUCUCGCUACACGGCAACACGAAAGAGACAAGCCUCAUUCUGAUGUUCAGAAUGAAGACGCUACCGUUUCCACGAAAAAGCGGAAAAGGGCAAAGAAGCAGGCCCUUGGCUAUGAUCAGGUCUUGCUGGUUGUUAUCGGUGUGCUCGAUAGGAUAAAGGUGGAGAGCAAUGUUUCUGGAUGGAUGCGUCAAUAUGGCCUAUGGGAUGGUGUGCAUGAGGAGGACCAGAAAGAGAAAUCAGUUCCAACGCCGGAGGAAACAUCUGUUGAUGAUGAGGUUGAAAUUUUAGGGGAUCCCACGAGGAAACGCAGCAGACGGAUUAGCGACUACGCUGGCCUCAAUGACGAAAAUUCCCGCCCUUCUGACUCUGACAGACCUGACAGCCCCUCGCCUGCCGUCGAAAUAACAUUUAUAUCUCCCGAGAAAGCUUCACUCCCAUCCAUAGCACACAUGCGUGGUGAUAUUUCUCCCUUUUCGUCACUUCUACGAACGCCAAUGCGCGAUUUAACAGAAGUAACAAGUUCAUCACAACCUGUUCCAGAUGAUGGUUCUUCCUCAGUUAGAAGAAAUUUGAUUUCGUCGUUAGAAGAGCAGUCGACUUCCCCCUACCCCCCAUUGUCUCCUCUGCUUCAGCCUUCAUCUCAAACUGCUGAGCAUAAAUCGAUAUGUCCUUCCCCCGUCCUUGAAGCGGCCAGAUUUCCAGAGUUGAAUUGCAAAUCGGAAGCUAAUUCUCCUUCUGAGUCUCCGCAACCGCCAGACGGCCAGCAUAUCAAUCCUUUAUUCCCAUCCUCUAUGGCUGAGAAAGACAAAUUAUGGUUCGAAAAUGAAGCUGUAGUUUCUCAUUGGGCUAAGCUUGGUCUGGAGGCGUUGGCGGCUCUCGGCAUACCCGCUGAAGCUGGUAUAUGA